CAGCCUUCGCCACAUAUCUUGCGUCCGUACCGCACUGUUGAAAUAGGUUCUUCACGGUUGAACAACGAGAUUUAUAGGCGAGGGAGGUGAACUUUGUACAGUGGACUUUCCGUCUUGGAAGCGCGUUGGGACGAUGAGGAUUAAAAAAUUUUUUUAUCUCGUCUCCGAUAAAAUUGAAACUGAAUUCGGUAUACGUCAUUCGUCGCUGACCCCAAUCCGUUCGAUAAUCUCCUCGAGCCAUCCGUAAGUCUGAUUUAUUUUCCGUAUAAGCCUCGGAAUCGGUGGUAGUCAAUUAUCAUAUUUUGCCACCUAAUAAGUGUAAGCGCUUCUUACGAUCGGACGCGUCUAUUGAAAUCUGGGAAUAUAAAAGUAUGAAAAAUAGAUAAAAAAAAUAUUGUAAUGACGAUGAAAAAUAAUGAUGAUAACGGUUGUGAUUAUCGUGAAACUGGCACACGCCGCACAGAAGUAACAUGUUUCUCUCGCUUUUCGGUACACGGGGUAAAUACGAGAUUAAAUAUUAAGUACAAGGUGUGGAAUUUAAACCCUGUAAUAAUCGCGUAAUUAACGUCUUGUACAUAAUGUGUACGUGUCGGAGGUAAGAUCAAAGUUCUCUUAGGUACACCGGUGGAGGAGACAAAUCGUGAGAUUUAAACCGAAAUUAAGCUGGUUUUAAGCGGGAAAUUAUAAAGCCGCUCGAAUUCAUUUCCUGUCCAACGUUGGAUGCCCCAACGAACUGCGAUCGGUGUUCGAGAUUAUUUCUUCGACGUAGUAAAACAAGAUCACUCGGAAAAUCUGUAAUUCUGAAAAAUUGUCACCCCGUAUCCCCGAGUCUUUGAAUGGAACGUAUCUAUUUUCUGGUAUUAUUUGACACUCGACUGCGCUCGUUCUUCACUCGGAGCAAUCCGGGGUUGAAACAACAUCGUCUAUUUCUUGUACCGAAGGUUUUUCCGCCUCUACCAGCAGCUUCACCAAUGCGUUAGCCGGACCGGUAUAAUUUAAGUCGACGACCACCAAAAUGUCACAACAACCUUGCACGCUUCUAUUUUCGUUUUUAAUUUUUCCUUUUUUCUUCUUUCCCCACUUUCGUUUCUGUUCCAUUUUUUUUUCUUUUUUUUUUUUCUUUAUUUCUCCACGCUCCUUUUCUGUUUCGAUUUCUUUUUUUUUAUUUCAUAUUCUCUUUUUAUUCCCAGCUCACACCGUGUAACUCUCGCCCGUUAAUGUUACGCCGCAUCCUGUACUCUGUUCCAACUUAUUCUCUCUACUACACUAAUACCGUAUACACUAUAUGUGGUUACUUACGAAUGUGCAUACGUACACAUGUACACGUAUUUUACACACCGAACUUAAAUAGGUCCACCAGGAAGGGCUCCGAGUUCUAUUUAUGCCCCGUGCACCGAAUACUAGAAACGUGCAGUGUCACCAAACGUGCCUUCGGCUUGGUCACACCCUUUCUCCUCUUUACCGGGCAACAACUACUUCGCUCCGUCAUUUCCUGGUGGAGUCCCGCGUUUCUCCGCAUAUAAAACCAGCGAGUUUUCCAGAUGUAUACACGUCGACUUUGUGCGAAUUAAGAAUCUGGGCUAUCCGGAUUCGACCGGUUCGUCGCUGAGGAAAUCGAAUCCGUUAAAUUUGUAAGGCACCUGAUCGGCGGAGGGAAAAUUUUUCCGGCUCUUUUCAUUACACUAGGAUCAUCUCUAUCCGAGUGGUUUAUCCGAUACGACACGUGAUAAUUGUGAGGGUAACCACGUCGAUCAUUAUUAUUAUAAAAAUAAUAACGAACCUUUUGACACCUCUUCGGAAGCAAGGGGAUCCGCCCCACCCUUGGCUGAGCGCUACAGGUAUCGGCUAUGGGGUCCCCUUUCUUUCUUUUUUGUGUGUAACCUUUUUUCAUAUUAUUUUAUUUUUUUUUUUUCACCGAUUCUUCAUUUUUUUUUCUCUCCCUCGGCUCGUCUUCCUUUUUGAGAGCCACUGUGGAUAAUUGGGACCGCACCCACAACGGUCAACUUGACGGUCGUCUUCGGCGUUUCAUCUCUCUCCACCUCGUGGGGCAACGGCGAGUGUGAUCGGUGAGUUUUCAACCGGUAGGUGGGCCCAAUGCCCAUUCAGGUGCGGGCCGUGGGCCGGGAGGGCCCAAUCUCAAUGCAUCAUCGGUAUUGUCAGCCGCUCACCGGCCAGAUUUAUUAACAUAAGCUCGCUCUGACAUCCCUCGGACUGGCAGUCUACAGGGUCCCGCUCACGAAGACGACCUCAGCAGCAGCAGCAGCUGCGGCUCCGAUAAAUAUACACACAAAUUUGUAACACAAAUUGCCGAACGCCUCAUAAAAAUGGAACCGGAGAUAAAUAAUGAUCCAUCUCACGUGUACCUGCCACCGCGUGUGAUCGCGAGGUUGACGUUAUAAGGUCGGAAAUAAAGAGAGAAAAGUUGGCGAUCGAUCGCGACGCCGAUGACACACCCGAAUCAGUUUCCUAUCGAAUUCCGCGCAAUAGUUUUACGAUUUAUCGAAGGGUACGAGAGGAGAAUCGGAUCGACGCGAGAUUAUUAAACUGGAAUUAUAAUCAACCACCUAGCGCCCGAAGCCCUUCAGGACUUCGAUCGCGUAGUACGGUGUUCCUGUGGAAUUCUGGUGAAAUUUUCAUUCGACACUUAAUUAUAUCUAAGUAUUCGUCCUCGACGGCGGUGAGGUGGGAAAAAAUUUUGUACGAACCGAUGCCCCUCGACUCGCUUCGUGAAAGAAGUCGAUGGCUUCCCCGCUCCCUUUGAAAACACCGAAAAUUCUUCACCCAGACGUCGCGAUAACCGGACACAUGUACGCCGAUAAGUCUUCCUUCUCUUCUCUCGAUUUUACAGUCCUUACAGUUUUGGGACCCACUUGAAAUCCCGUACGAGUGGCGAGGACUUUGAGAAAAAGAAAUAAAUCGAGCGGGAGAACUCGGUUGCGUGGAGAAGUAGAAAAAAAAAAAAAGAAGAAUUCAAGAAAGUUUGAAAAUGUCAACGAUGUAUCUGACUCGCACGAUUUACCGUAUGUACCGGUAAAAUUAUUUCGUUUGUUGUCGUCCCUCCUCCCUCCGAUCUCCUCGUUGUUCGAAAUGGAAGCUUUAGCCGUCUGCCCGUGCGAUGAACGUUCGGAAGGUCCGAGGCAUCCGGAACCAGUCGAGGAGUGGGACGUUCACAACAUGAUCAAACACCUACCAAGGUCAGUGACGACUUCACGAGCUUCGCUCAGUCCCCGAGAACCCCCCCCGUCGUUUUAAAGGAUGGAAAGUUUCUGAUAAAAUUCGAUCUAAAAAAAGGGUUAUUUCCGUUGCAUUUUAUCUCGUGAAGAACGUGGCGCGCCGACGAACCGCGAAGACACUGGGAAAUGGUGUUGCAUUGCGAAAAAGCAAUGUUUCCAAAUCCGUUGCCUAAUUUACCGUUACCGACCAGAGAGGUACGGGGCAUCGCUACUUCCAACUUAUUUACUUACUAUCGAUAUUAGUCGACACGAAGGUGCAACCGUAGUUUUUAUUUGGAAAACCGUCGAGAGCAAAACCUUUGAGUUUUUAUCCGAAUGAUCGUAGGCUCGAUUUUACUGGCAUUUAUACGGAGCAACGGCGAGACACGAACCACUUUAUCAGAGGGAAUUGAACGGCUCGAUUAUUUCCGCUCUUCAAAGGUGACUCUGAAAUCAAUUCAACUCGCCGUGUUAAUUUUUUUUUUUCUAACCGGUAAACCCUUACCCAGGAUGAUCAGGAGGGGGAAAUUGUCGGAGAACGUGAUGCUCUCGGAACAGCUUUUCCGGUUGAAUACCUUCGAUUACUUCGGGCGAAAAAAUGUCAUCGAUAAAUUGGAGAAGUUGUUCAGUCAACAGACGAAGAUAGUCUCCUUUUGCAUCGAAGGACUCGGACUCACCAGGAAAGAAGGACUCCGUCUGGUUUCAUCUCUGUUCGAGUCACGAGAAACUGUGAAAAAUUUGUACUGCUGGCGGGCGUUCGAGCCCGCGGAAGGACCACUCCUAGUGGACACCGGUCACUUCUCGGGAUCCGGUCUGUACAGGGAUAGGGUGCCCCGAAAACGGGACUGGUUCGGGGCCAUCGGAUCCCUCGAAUCCCUGACAACGCUGUCGAUCAACUACGCUUACCUCGCAACACCCAGCGGCGAUCUUCUGGUCGCGUUGUCCAAGUUAUUAACGCAUAAAUUUUUCGCAACGACGACAGAGAAUAAUUGUACUUUUUCUGGAAAGAAGAAACUGCUCUGUCCACCUGAAGAAAUUCCGACGGUCAAUGAUCCUGAGAAUGGAAUUGGCGGACAUGCGAUUCCCGAUGUCUCGUGGCUAGAAGCUAAGAUAUGGGCUCCGUGCCUCAAAGUUCAAUUUCUUGUGAGUUUUUCCUUUUUCCCAGUUGGGAUACCGGAGUACGAAAUGCAUAGGAGAUUUUUAACGAGAAACACUCCCUUGCAUUCGUUCAUACUUUCUACCGACAUCGACCUCCAGUUUCGACAGCCCUGGUUUUUGGAUUGUACUUUGAAGAUGCUCUGGUCCUGGUACUCGAAUUCGCUAGUUUAUCUCUACCUCCAGUUGUGGCAUCACCGUGAAAUUCUAGAUCCUGAUUUGAAAAAACUUUUCCCCCUCCUUCCGAAGCUCAAGAUAUUUGAAUUCGUUGGAGAAAUUCGUAAAGUAGAAACCCUCCGUACUAUGUGUUGCCAAAUACGGGACAAAGAUUGCAACGUUAAUCACCUGAGCUUUCAGCUCCAAGACCCAAUGGGGGGUAAAAAAAUUUGUGAAGAGUGGACGAAGGACGUCGAUCAUUUGAUAAAAUGUUUCAAAGAUGCGUUUGAAGAAAUGAAUGUGAGGCUUGAAGUGAGCCUAUAUCCAUGCUGAGAAAGAAAAGUCAAAGUUGCUGUUAGGUACGAGAUGAGAAUGAGCAAAAAAUAAUAAUAACAACAUCAAGAUAUUCUGUUUUCUCUUAAUUAAAGAACCGAAAGUCUACUUGAAUUAGCUUUUAAUUUUUGAAGCUGAAAUCCCUGCUGGGGUUUCUCACCACUCAGAGUCUCUCUGCUUCUUUAAUUUUUACCCUCGGUUGGUUGAGAAAAAAUGGAAAAAAAAAAAAACAACAACAACUUUUAUAAAACUUCUCGGUAACUUUUUUUCUAAUUAGCAACUGCUGUUCGCUCGGUAGAUAAAAUUCUCAAUGGGUUGGGGCUGAUACAACAAAUCAUCUUAGAAUAAUUAACCGAUAUUCAAGUGACGAAAAAAGUUAAUCAAGUUUUCGAAUAAAUUAUGAAGUCCCUCGAUCGAUGGGUAACAGCUUUAAUUGCAACGAUUCGAAGGGUUCGGUGAUCUCGAAAUAGAUCAUAGUACUUGCGGUGUUUUCUGUCCUCGUUGAUAUCAUUUCUAUAAGAGAAAGACAAACAAAGCAUCUUUUGUCUCGUCGGUAUGUUUAUACGGGUAUAUUUCUAGCGGUUGUCCACGUCUGCUUUUAACCGUUCAAAUCGCAAGGUGUAAUUACGCUAAUAAAUCCG